CCGCGUCGAGCCGCUUGCAUGGCCGCUUCCGUGGCCGCUCUCGAGGUCGUUACUCGCCGAGUUCUUGGUAUCGGAGACACCGUCGAAAGUCAGCCGUGCGUUCGCAUAUCGCGCGACCAGAUGCUGAUCACGGCGGGCUGUUAGCCAACGAGAAUUAUGCUGGUGAUAAGCGCCUUAAAGCAGGUCGCGAACGCCGCUACCAAUGCGGUUCACUCGGCCACCGGCAACGUUACCGGACACAAUAAUUCCGGAACGCCCUCGACUCCGAUAAUGCCGGGUGGUACACCCGGCACACCAUCCUCUAAAGCGAAGGAAAAGAUAAUGUUGCGAGCAAAAGUUGUGGUAGCUUUGUAUCCUUUUCGAGCCAUCGAAGGCGGCGAUUUGUCUCUCGAAAAGGGCGCGGAGUACGAGGUCUUGGAUGAUUCCCAGGAACACUGGUGGAAAGUUAAAGACGAGAAUGGAUCGAUUGGAUACAUUCCUAGCAACUACGUUAAAGAGAAGGAACUGUUGGGACUACAAAAAUACGAAUGGUACGUAGGCGAUAUGUCAAGACAGCGCGCCGAGUCGCUGCUGAAGCAAGAAGAUAAGGAGGGCUGUUUUGUCGUUCGCAACUCGUCGACGAAAGGACUUUACACGCUCUCCCUUUAUACGAAGGUGCCACAUCCCCACGUGAAGCAUUAUCACAUCAAACAGAAUACCCGCGGGGAAUUUUAUUUAUCGGAAAAACAUUGCUGCGGCUCCAUUCCCGAUCUGGUUAAUUAUCAUAGACACAACAGCGGCGGUCUAGCCAGUCGAUUGAAGACCAGCCCCUGCGAUCGUCCUGUACCACCAACCGCCGGCCUUAGUCACGACAAAUGGGAGAUCGAUCCAGCGGAAUUACAUUUGCUGGAGGAGCUUGGAUCUGGUCAGUUUGGAGUUGUGCGGAGAGGAAAAUGGCGCGGCUCCAUCGAUGUCGCUGUGAAAAUGAUGAAAGAGGGAACUAUGUCCGAGGACGACUUUAUAGAAGAAGCUAAAGUAAUGACAAAACUGCAACAUCAAAACCUAGUCCAGCUAUACGGCGUUUGCAGUAAAGAUAGACCGAUAUACAUUGUCACGGAAUACAUGCGACACGGAUCUCUCCUCAACUACCUCCGCCGUCACGAAGCCUCAUUAGGUGCAAAUGUUGGCCUCUUGUUAGAUAUGUGUAUACAGGUUUGCAAAGGAAUGGCAUAUUUAGAGAGGCAUAAUUAUAUACACAGAGAUCUUGCAGCACGGAACUGUUUAGUGGGAUCAGAAAAUGUAGUAAAAGUCGCAGAUUUUGGUUUAGCUAGGUAUGUUCUCGAUGAUCAAUACACCAGUAGUGGCGGUACUAAAUUUCCCAUUAAAUGGGCGCCACCGGAGGUGUUGAAUUACACGCGCUUCAGUUCUAAAUCUGAUGUGUGGGCAUACGGAGUACUUAUGUGGGAAGUAUUCACGUGCGGAAAAAUGCCUUACGGUCGCCUAAAGAAUACAGAGGUCGUCGAACGAGUUCAGCGAGGAAUUAUAUUAGAACGACCCAAAGCAUGUUUCAAGGAAGUAUACGAGGUGAUGCGUAAAUGCUGGGCACAUUGUCCGGAAGUGCGACCGUCCUUCCGCGUCCUGAAGGAGCAGUUGAUUAGCGUCUCCCAAGGAUUGGUCAACGAUUGACUCAACCUUCUGCGGUGUAUGCGCCUGUCCUCACCAUCCUGCCGGUCAAUCCGAUCGACGAUAAAAUCGUCGUUAUCGUCAGAACGAUCGCCCUCCGCCGUUUUACCCUCGUCGAACUUGCCGUACAAUUCAGCAACGUUGCCGUCGCGCAAGACCCGCGCGCCGGUCUCCCCGCCGCCUUCCAAGAUCGAUUUCCCUCGUCGGUUCUCGUCGACCAUGUGCAAAUCAAAAAGAGAGGGCUCCUCGUCACCAAGUACACCCGGGCAUCAAGCUAGUCAACAAAAACCAUCCUCGAGCUCGACUAAUAACGUGUGUGACGUUUGCAGUUCCUACGGACACCCGUGGAUCGAAAUAUGCAAGGCAAUACGAGCCACUAAAGGUAAAUGAGUAAAAACGUGUGUGUACGCCAGUGUGUGUACGUGUAAUUGAGUAACUCACACUACUCUUUGUCGUGACUAUUACACAUUAGAGAGCCGUACCCGUAAUACGGAGAUGUGAUUCUAAAUCCCGUAAACGUUAAUGCUCUUUCGUCUAUCCUUUUCUCUCAUAUCCCUUCCGUGUGCAUCUUUGAACAUCUUGAACGGAUGUUCCGAAUGUUACGUGAACUUUACUGAGAUGCGUGAUACUAUUGCGUGUGUUUCACAUACUAUUUUUCCCAUAUAAUUUUUAGACUUUACUCUGUAUCGUCAUAAAUACAUUUAUAAAUAGAACAAUAGUAUUUAUUGAUGGCCUUUUCAACAGAUGCAAUAUUCAACUUGUGAUUCCACAACUUAGAAUAAUCAUCAUUUUUUAUUAUUUUGAAACAAAAAAUAAUGACACAACUUUGAAUCGGAAAUAUUGUUUUUGCUUAAUAAACCGAUUUAAUAA